UACAGUAGUAGUGUUCCAACAAAACCUACAUGUAUAUUUAGUAAUAACAAGAGUGGGCACAAACUAUCACAGCUCUUCAAACUAUCAGAGCUCUUAAAAUUUGACGGAAAUAUAAACAAAAUAUUUGAUACCUUGUUCAAAAGUGGAUACAUGUAACAACAAAAAAGCAAUUGAAAAUAUUUUUUAGCCUGGGUUAAACUCACACAGGCAGUGCAGUAUUAAUGUAUAAUAAAAGAAGUUACAUCUCCGUAUUAUAACCAUUCCAAUUUCUUUUUACAUACUUUUUGUAUACAGAUAAAAUGGCUACAGCUCUAAAGACGAUCAGCUCCCUCGAGUGUGACAUUUGUGCUGACAGAUAUAAACAGCCUAAGAUAUUAGAUUGCCAGCACAGCUUUUGUAAAGAUUGUCUGGAGCAAUACUACACUAGCAGGCAUGGAGGGCAACCUAAGAUUCCUUGCCCUUUAUGUCGACGGGAGACGGUACUUCCAAAGAGACGCAUUCAAGGCCUGAAAACAAAUUUCCAUUUGAUGGGAAUAGUUGAGGAGGUCUCACUCCAAGAAAAGGUGGCUCGUUCAGUGGAACAAACAUCAUCAGAUCAGUCCAAAUGCCAGAAACACAAUGGUGAAGUGAAAUGGUUUUAUUGUGAGACAUGUGAAGAGUUAAUCUGCCGAGCUUGUACUGUUAUCGACCACUGUAAACCAGAACAUCACUACAUUGACUCAGGAGAGGCUUCUCGCAAAUACAAACAGUCACUGAAAGAGAUGUUUCCAAAUGUCACCACAGGCAUAAAAAUACUUCAAAAGGCUUUGGCCACUUCAUCACAAGCUAAGCAGAAGUUUACGCAGAACGUCACAAAGACUGUGAAAGCUGUGAAAGACAAAGCGGAUAAAAUGAGAGCUGAGAUAACAACUCAAGAGACAAAGAUGAUUGAAGAAAUCAAACAACUCCAGCAGAAGCGGAACAAAACAUACGAUGAGCAUCAGUCAACACUGACAAUGAUGCUAGAAAGUAAAAAACAUUCUCUAGGGACAUCCCAGGAUAUCAUAACCACUGCAUCUGACAGUGACUUUUUGUCACUAUACCCUAUCAUCAGUAAAGACUUGAAAUCACUCAAGAGUCAAAAUCCUCCCCAGAUUGAUCCCAAGCUUUCAUAUCUGAGCUUCACCCUGGGUCAGAGGAUUGGUGACAUCAAUCUGGGCAAGCUUGAGGUGGAAGCAGUCAAGUGGGAGAUGUGUCGUGAGUUUGGUAAAGAGGGAAGUGGUCCAGGAAAGUUCCAUGGGGCUCGGGAUGUUACUGCUACUCAACCUGGUGAGAUUGCUGUGGCAGACUAUUACAACAACCGAGUGGUCAUCUGCAGCAAUGAGGGACAACACAAGGGAACCAUUCCCGUACAAAGUAAGUUUCUUUCAUGCACAUCCAUCCACAAUCCUGAGCAACGCUUGUUUGUGUUGGAAGUUGGAAGCAAGUAUGUCAAGGUGUUCAACAUGAAGGACAACACUCUUGUUACACAGUUCCCAACGGUGCCCAAACAUCAGGUAAACAAGACAAAAAUGAACCUAUCGAGGCUAGCAGUAACAAAGGAUAGCAUCUUAGUAGGCAACACCUACAAAAUGGUGUGGACUGAACACAAACCCACUGAUGGUGAGAUCCUACGCACCAUACCAGUGCAGACUCCACCUUACUACCUGGCUGUUGAUGACAAAACUGAUAGAGUUGUGGUCAGUGGAGGUGACACAAAGAAAGUGGACAUUGCUGAUAGCAAAGGUAGAACAAAUGUCACCAUCCGGCCUACCAUUAAUGGUGAGCCAGUGGGGUACUGCAUGGGUGUAUGCUGUGACAGCUCAGGCAUCUUCCUUGCAGUGGACCAAGGUGGGCUUGGCACUAAUGGUCAUAUUCACCACUAUGACCUAGAUGGCAAGUUUCUUGAUUGCCUGGCUCAGGGUCUGCGUGCCCCAUGUGGAAUCACAUUCACAUCCAAUGGGGAGCUGGCAGUGGCUGACAACUUCUCAAUCAAAAUGUAUCACAAGGUGUGAUGUCAUCCAACAUGACAUUGACUAGCCAUCAUCAUCAUCCCAACAGCAAAUGUUGAGGAUGAAAUUGUCCAGUCAUUACAGCACCAAUCAACAUUCAUGUCCCACUCAUUCCACAUCUCUCCUAAAAAAUCCAAACUGCCAGAUCCCUCUGAUGUGAACCAUUUUACCAUACAAAUUCUUAAAUAAACAGUGCAUCAAUUGCAUUAUGUUACUAUACAAAGUCUUAUAUAAACAGUGUAU